AGGUCCGCGCUCGCCGGCUCCCAUUGCAGCCAGCGCCGCUCGCUCCGUCGCGGCCGCUUCCCUCUGGCGGCGGUGCGUCCUGCUCCUCCCGAGCAACUUUGCGGCGGGCGCAGAGGCCCGAGGCCGUCGCGGCGCCGCCUGCGCCCACUCGCGGGCCGGAUGGACUCCAGCGCCCCUCCUCUGAGCCCCUCUGGUCCAUAUCCUCCGCCGCCACUGCAGCCCCAGUCCCGCUCACGGCUCAACGCCACUGCCUCGGUGGAGCAGGAGAAGAGCGGGACGUCCCGAGCUCCUGGACCCCAAGUUGGGCCUGGACCAGAUGUGGGAGACGCCGCUGCCCCAGCCGGGCCCCAGGGCCCGCGUGCCAGGAGCCGAGAAAGAGUGGACGGAACGGGGCCCGUGAAGGGAGACAUGGAAACCCCCUUUGAAGAAGUCCUGGAGAAGGCCAAGGCCGGGGACCCCAAGGCGCAGACAGAGGUGGGGAAGCGCUACCUGCAGCUCGCCGGCGAUGCGGACGAGGAGGUGAACAACUGCACUGCCGUGGACUGGCUCAUCCUCGCCGCCAAGCAGGGCCGGCGCGAGGCCGUCAAGCUGCUGCGCCGGUGCCUGGCGGACAGGAAAGGCAUCACUUCCGAGAAUGAGCAGGAGGUGAAGCAGCUCUCCUCCGAGACCGACCUGGAGCGGGCCGUGCGCAAGGCGGCCCUGGUCAUGUACUGGAAGCUCAACCCCAAGAAGAAGAAGCAAGUGGCCGUGUCGGAGCUGCUGGAGAACGUCGGUCAGGUCAAUGAGCACGAUGGAGGGGCACAGCCAGGCCCCGUCCCCAAGUCCCUGCAGAAGCAGAGGCGAGUGCUGGAGCGCUUGGUCAGCAGCGAAGCCAAGAACUACAUCGCACUGGAUGACUUCGUGGAGAUCACUAAGAAGUACGCCAAGGGCAUCAUCCCCACCAACCUGUUCCUGCAGGACGACGAGGAUGACGAGCUGGCGGGGAAGAGCCCCGAGGACCUGCCCCUGCGCCUGAAGGUGGUCAAGUACCCCUUGCACGCCAUCAUGGAAAUCAAAGAGUACCUGAUCGACGUGGCCUCGCGGGCGGGCAUGCACUGGCUGUCCACCAUCAUCCCCACCCACCACAUCAACGCCCUCGUCUUCUUCUUCAUCAUCAGCAACCUGACCAUCGACUUCUUUGCCUUAUUCGUCCCCCUGGUCGUCUUCUACCUGUCCUUCGUCUCCAUGGUGAUCUGCACCCUCAAGGUCUUCCAGGACGGGAAGGCCUGGGAGAGCUUCCGCACCCUCACGGGCCUGCUGCUGCGCUUCGAGCCCAACCUGGACGUGGAGCAGGCCGAGGUGAACUUCGGCUGGAACCACCUGGAGCCCUACGUCCACUUCCUGCUGUCCGUCGUCUUUGUCAUCUUCUCCUUCCCCAUCGCCAGCAAGGACUGCAUCCCCUGCUCGGAGCUGGCCGUCGUGUGCGUCUUCUUCACCGUCACCAGCUACAUGAGCCUGAGCACGUCUGCCGAGCCCUACACCCGGAGGGCCCUGGUGACCGAGGUGGCCGCCGGCCUGCUCUCCCUCCUGCCCACCGUGCCCUUGGACUGGCGCUACCUGAAGCUCCUGGGCCAGACCUUCUUCACCGUGCCCAUCGGCCACUUCGUCGUCCUCAACGUCAGCGUCCCCUGCCUGCUCUACGUCUACCUGCUCUAUCUCUUCCUCCGCAUGGCCCAGCUGAGGCAUUUCAAGGGCACCUACUGCUACCUGGUCCCCUACCUGGUCUGCUUCAUGUGGUGUGAGCUCUCCGUGGUCAUCCUGCUCCAGUCCACCGGCCUGGGGCUGGUCCGCGCGUCCAUUGGCUAUUUCCUCUUCCUCUUCGCUCUCCCGAUCCUGGUGGCCGGCCUGGCGCUGAUGGGCGUGGUGCAGUUUGCCCGCUGGUUCGUGUCCCUGGAGCUCACCAAGAUUGCGGUCACCAUGGUGGUCUGUAGCAUCCCCCUGCUGUUCCGCUGGUGGACCAAGACCCACUUCUCUGUGGUGGAGAUGGUCAAGUCCCUGACGCGGAGCUCCCUCGUCAAGCUCAUCCUGGUGUGGAUCACGGCCAUCGUGCUCUUCUGCUGGUUCUACGUGUACCGGUCAGAGGGCAUGAAGGUCUACAACUCCACGCUGACCUGGCAGCAGUACGGCUUCCUGUGCGGGCCACGGGCCUGGAAGGAGACCAACAUGGCACGCACCCAGAUCCUGUGCAGCCACCUGGAGGGCCACAGGGUCACUUGGACGGGCCGCUUCAAGUACGUCCGGGUGACGGAGAUUGACAACAGCGCCGAGUCGGCCAUCAACAUGCUCCCGUUCUUCAUCGGCGACUGGAUGCGCUGCCUCUACGGCGAGGCCUACCCCUCCUGCAGCCCCGGCAACGUCUCCACGGCCGAGGAGGAGCUCUGCCGCCUCAAGCCGCUGGCCAAGCACCCCUGCCACAUCAAGAAGUUCGGCCGGUACAAGUUCGAGCUCACAGUGGGCAUGCCCUACAGAGGCGCCGAUGGCUCCCGCAGCCCGGAGGAGGACGACGUCACCAAGGACAUCGUGCUGCGGGCCAGCAGCGAGUUCAAGGACGUGCUGCUGCACCUGCGCCAGGGCAGCCUCGUCGAGUUCAGCACCAUCCUCGAGGGCCGCCUGGGCAGCAAGUGGCCUGUCUUCGAGCUCAAGGCCAUCAGCUGCCUCAACUGCAUGGCCGAGCUCUCGCCGGCCAGGCGGCACGUGAAGGUCGAGCACGACUGGCGCAGCGUGGUGCACGGCGCCGUGAAGUUCGCCUUCGACUUCUUCUUCUUCCCGUUCCUGUCGGCGGCCUGACCACGGCCCCGCCUGGGGGUGGUGUGGGCAUGUGUCGCUGCGGGGCCUUUCCCGUGUGGCCGCCCCACCAGACGGCACAACACUAACCCUGAGUGUGCAUGUGUGUGUGUGCUCCCAUGUGUAAACGCAGGGCUUCGGAGACCUCUGUCUAUGUGUAAUCUGCUCACACUUCCCUGAAUGGGCUGACUGCUUUAGCUCUGUCCACUUUGAAUGCCAGCGUCGCUGGAAAUUGCAUGCACAGUCUUGUCCCCCCAUCCCGACCUUUCAGAGCGGAGCUGGCGCCAGGCUAGACUAGGAUUCCUGUGUCCUGAAAAGCACUUUACAGAUGACAUUCUCCCUCCUCCCCCGCCCCUCCGAGCACCCAUGCCCCGUAUUUACCUUGGUAUUGGAUUUGUUUUUGAAAGAACCAAAUGUGCUGGUGUGUAAACUCCA